GAUAUCGUUCUGGUUGCACGCGCUCCAAGCGCGUCUUUCGGGCUCCCUCCGAAAACAGUGCACCACCACCGUGGAACGGGGGUUGGUCUAAUUGCUUUAAGUCCCAGUGCGUUGCAAUAUUCUUAAUACGUUUUCUGGGGACCAACUAUUCCCCAGGCGCCCUAACAGCUGGGAGUUAUGAUCACCUCCAUUAUUCGCUAUUGUCUCUGAGAAAGCCCCAAUGGAGGGAGGUGAUUUCAGCAAUCUUGCAGAGCAGGUUGGCGGCCUCAUCAACCAAUGUCGACAAUGGAAGCAAGAGAAUGUGGAGCUGGCAACAAAGCUCGAAGAGCAUGCGAAGCAGAUUAAAGUUUUGGAAACGGAGAAUUCAGACUUGCAACGACAGCUCGAAGCUAUUGAAACGACUGACACUGACUCUGUUGAUGAAGUAGAGAAAAGGCUACUCGAAAACAGACAGCAAUAUGCUCCACAUUCGGUUAUUCAUGAUCUCGGGGGUACAGCAGAGAAACCUGAAACGAUUUCUUACGAACAUUAUGCGAGUCUAGCGAAGCGCUAUGAGCAACUUUUUCAAGAAAAUGCUAGCCUAAUUGAAUCCUUCUUCACAGUGAAGAAGAAGCUGAGGAGUUGCAAAAGCAAGGUCAAUUUGUGGAACAAAUGCUUCGAACGCGAUACAUUUGAUGUUUACGUUCAUGGGAAAAAGACUGUUUUUCGGAGGGACAAUACAGUUGCGGCUCAUCGCCCAGUGAGACACCAUCGUCCUGGACAGAAUGAAGCCGUAUCUACAUCCGGUAUAUCUACACUUGGAUCUCCGGGUCAAAUACGCCAACCCCACAUGCAUGAAAACGGUCUGGUCGAGGAGAAUACGGCCAUUGGAACAUUGGAAAAGGCGCGAGAACCCCAAUUACCCACCCUACCCAGUCCAAACACCCGAGCGGGAAGCGUUACUGGAGAGUCACUUCAGCAGCAUUCCUCAGAGCUGAGCUCCUCGGAUAUAAUGUCAACCCAAACACAAGAUCCCCGAUACGCUGUCGAGCCGCAUAUAUUUCCAAGUUCUCCCCCCGUCGAGACCCCGAUUUUCGUUUCGUCAAGGCCAGUUAAGGGGAGGGGGAGGGGAAAUCAACAUCCAGUGUUGAAUAAUGCCGCAGGCCUCCACGAGACUGGCAGUUUUACCACACCUGUUACUGUGAAAAGCGAGCCUACGUCAAGUAGCCCUCUUGAGAGGACCCAUAGGACAAACAAUAAUAACGAUAUCGAGGGGGAUAGCGACGAUGACUGUUUAGAUCUGAGUACCCGCGAAAAAGGCAAAUUUGAUUUUAUACCAAGGGACCAUGCUGAUAGUCCACCUGCUCAACAAUCAGACAAUCGUUUUCCUGCCUUUGAUGAGCGAGAAAAUGUCAGAAUAAAGCCACCAAAUUUGGAUCAGCGGCCAUUAGCGGGAACCAAGCGCCGCUUAGCCCUUCAGCCGGUGAAUGCCAAUGUUCCUUCUAUUCAACAAGGAGACGGGCAUACCCCGAAUCAAGGGGCCAAACGAAGACGGUAUGAACCUAGAGGUGCUGAGCCAGUGCAUUUAGUGGCAGAAGAUGGAGAAGAAGCGAGUUGUCAGAGAGCGAAUACGGGUCUUCAUACUGGAAAACUGCACACGAUCUCUAAAAUUGAGAUAUCGAAAUCCCCUGCUGCUGGUCGCCUCGAAGAUCUUCUAGAAGGUGCGCCACGGCCACGACCAAUACUGGCCUCCCCCUUUCGAAACCCUGAGGUUUCGGAUAACUCACCCCUUGGAACCCCAAGUAAGAUUUCGGCAAGGUCCAUCACUCCCCGGACUGCUCGGCCGCAGGGUAUCGAGAAGAGGGCCCGAUCCGGGCGACAGCCCCCUCCUCCAACUUCGCGGAGUUUACGCAGUUCUGCCGGACCCCAUCAGCCUCGAGCCGACGACGAGGUGGCACCAGAAGAUGAACCAUUUCGAGCUAGACCUCUUCAUCGCCUCGGAUUCGAACAUUUCAAACUCAACCCAGAAAGAAACCAGGGACUUGAUUAUGCAUUCGAUGAGGUAGUUCGCAGGAAGGACCUGAGGAAAUGCCUCCCGGGCUGCAUCCGCCCACAAUGCUGUGGGAAAGGUUUCCGCGCCAUGGCAGAGCUCAAGGGAUUCGGGACAGCCGGUAAUAACGAUGUAUCUCUGGAGGAUUUAGACCAGGAGGACCGACAAGUUCUGGAUGAAUACCUGGGCGACAAUAGAAACGUCUUAGAGACAAUGACGGAAAAAGAGCUGCGGGAGUUGCUUCUUGAUGCGCGAACGAGACAUCUUGCCAAUCAGUUUGGAAAACACCGACACGUUCAUGAACGAGGGCGUUCGCCGCCUGGGUUCUGGCGUACGGAUAUGCCUAGUACGCAAGAGCUGGAGCGUGAUCGGGAAGAGGCGAGGAUGGCUGAGCAGGAGAAGCUGGCGGAAAGAUACAAGGAGGCGAUGCGGCCAGGGGGUUUGUGGAAGUUUGCUGAUGAAUAAGUGAGUUGUGAAGUGCAUCUAUAUACAUAUGUAAUGGCUACAUCCGGCUGUUUGCUAUCCAUAUUGUUACUGGGGCAUUUAUUAUAAUAAGGAAAACACCGUUAAUUAUAAAGUACAUCUAAAUUUUAACUACUACCUACG